AGAACCUUCUAAAAGGCUGCUUACGUUCCUGGCCUUGGUUAGUGGUCAGGUCACCAAUGUUAAAGAGGUCAACAUGGAAAAAAUCGAAUGGGCCGAGCCGGAACAUGACGUCAUCCUCGCUUCUCUUAGACAAGUUUUUUUUCCAGCCCUUCCAAAUGUAAGUUGAAAAAACGAUGUACGAUUUCAGGGACUUAAGAUACCUCGAUUUUUUAAUGAUGUUUUUUUUUUGAUGAAAAGGGGGGGGGGUUGGGGAAGGGGAGUUUGAGGGGGAGUUCAAGUAAGAUAUCAAAAGUAAGUGGAAAAAAAGAGGUACGAUUUCAGGGACUUAAGAUACCUCGAUUUUUUAAUGAUGUUUUUUUUUUGAUGAAAAGGGGGGGGGGUUGGGGAAGGGGAGUUUGAGGGGGAGUUCAAGUAAGAUACGUAGAGCAUUGGAUAGAUGGACGGAGAAAGAGACAUACUCUGCCUGAUAUUGUUAUAUGAAGUGAUCAUGGGACUGGAUCCGGCCAUCCCAGCAGGCAUGUACCUCACCCCAGAGAAUCCGGGUAGACUGAUCAGAGCAAAACGCUCACUGAACACCGAAUUCACCACUGACAAUCGCAUAAACAAUUACACCAGAAACAAUAGCAAAUGCUUCAAAGUGCCUCAGUGCAACACAGUGCAGUAUCAACAAUCUUUCUUCCCACGCACAGUAAUAGCAUGGAAACAUCUGGACGAUGCCACUGUGAACUCGACAUCGGUCGAAAGCUUCAAGGCUGCCCUGGUAUUAGCUAAGAGCUGUUAGACUAGCAACAUCAUUUCCCAACCGUUGCACAGAUGCCAGUAUAUGGAUGCAGCAACGAACACUACCACAACCAGAAGAGAAAAGAGAAAGAUCGAGAGAGAUUGGGAAAAAUACAAAAGAUAAAUAAAUAGAAAGAGACAGAGCGAAAGGAGAGAGAUAAAAAAUAUGUGGAUAAAGGAGAGAGGGUGAGAGAGACAGAGAGAAAAAGAGAGAGUUUAUCAGUAGCAUUGAGUGGCGUAGCAAGUCUCUACACUUUACGGUUUACACAAAAUUUUCAGGAAAUCGUAUUAUUACUGGAAGAGUCUGUCAACGCGGUCCUAUACAGGUUGCAGAUUGUGAUAGUCAGAGAGGGCGACCUGGGCAUCUUCAGUUUGGAGCCACACAACUUUACGGACGUCAACAAGUAUCAGUAAGCAAAGUUUAAAAAAACAAACAAAUGUACUUUAAACCAUUUUUUGUACGUACUUAGCUGAGGAACGAAUAGCUGCUCUACUGGCAGGUAAAUAUGUUGAAUUGUCCUCCAUUUCAUCUUUCCAAUACCCUCCUCCCUCUUCAACCAUGUCUUCCUCUUAAAACUAACACAUCCCCUUAUUUAUUAUGUACUCACGAUUUCCAUCAAUCAAACCCUUACGCGCUGGAGCCCGUGUAGGGCUUUGGUCAGCCUCACCACUUCCUUCCACUCAAACCUGAUGUUUUUCUUCUCCGUGUUUGGAUAGCUGCUGUAGAUUUGUUUACACAUCAGCUGUCCCUCUAAGCCUAGGUCUAACUUUGAACUGUUUUCGCUUCAUUUUCUUCAUACAUAUCCAUCCUUUCUUGGGCCAUAUAUUUCCUGAAUAACUUUUCUCUCCCUUGUUUUUUAUAGAUUUUUGUAAAGGAUCCAAGUUUCAUUUGCAUUUUACUGCUUGUCUUAUUAAAGUUUUAUAAAUAUUUGUUUCUCUUCUUUUCUUGUGAUGUUUUUACUAUUGAUAAUUCUGUGACUACUAAAAUAUGCCCUGUUUCCGCCCGAUAUUCUUUAUUUUAUUUCUGUUAGAGGGUCAUUUCGUUGAUUAAGGUAAGAAUUCUAGAUAUUUGGGUUGGUUUUCUUUUCAAAACAUGUGGUGCUUAAUUUAAAUGGGGCACUUCUGGCUGUUUUCUCUUAACAUACACUUCUCUCCUCAUCACACUCCACGAUUCCUCAAAACUUUCCACUAUCUUUCAACGGGUUCAAUUUACCCUGCGACCCCUUGACCUUCCUUACCUCGUCCCGGGCUAUAACUCUAAGGACUUUAACUGCAACUGUUACAUAAUACCGAGCACGUUGGGUUAGCUCUCUCUGGCUAAUCAUGCGUACCACUCAACAGUCAAUCGAGGCGAUCUACGGAGCAGAUCACAGAGUACUAUCGUCCCACACUUCCACCCACUUGCUACUACCUUCUCAAAAUUUAGCCCAACAAUUCCACCUAAUUUGAUCUACCUUCCUAACAAUUCAACUAACUUAGCACUACCUUCCUAACAAUUCAACUAACUUAGCACUACCUUCCUAACAAUUCAACUCACUUAGCACUACCUUCCUAACAACUCAACUCACUUAGUCCUACCUUCCUAACAAUUCAACUCACUUAGUACUACCUUCCUAACAACUCAACUCACUUAGUCAUACCUUCCUAACAACUCAACUCACUUAGUCCUACCUUCCUAACAAUUCAACUCACUUAGCACUACCUUCCUAACAACUCAACUCACUUAGUCCUACCGCACCAAUAAUUUAUUUGAUUUUUAACCCACAUCCGCGUCCCAUAAAUUUUGAGGGCCCACGACAACCUCCACCCACUCCAGACCACCAGCUAUUUGGUUUGAGCCAGUUAAGACCGCUCGGCCACCCAGCACCCAGGGUGCAAUGUAUUGACUUCCCUUGGCAAGAUGGAGCUGAUAGGGAGAGCGUUUAAAAGCACCUAGGGUAAAAAGCCAUAUUGAACACCUGUCAAAACAAUCACACAGGCAGACAUAGCGUCGUGUUGUGUUAACAUAACUUAAAUAUUGUAAAUGUAAGAUUCUAAAAGUAUGCAGCAUUUAAUUACGUCAGGUCUGUUCAGUUUGACGUCACCAAAGACUUUGAUAACGUCAGUGUCGAUGACCUGAGCCCCACCCGACCAGAAUGUGAGUUAUUUUUCAUGCAGACCGAUGUGAAUGUGUACGUUGGAACUUUCCCCGACUGCAAUCACAUUGUCGACGGGGUGAGUGUUUACAUUAAUUUCUAUUUACAAAAUAACUUAAUGAAAUUGUAGUCCAAGGGACAUGCUUUCGUAUCUGUAUUAUUUGUAAACCAAUUUUUAACUCUUAAAAAAUUGAUCGAGCAUAGAAUAGGCACUUCUGAGCACUUUGAAUGCUGCCCGAUAUUAUAAGACAAUUGCAAAAAUUCUUUGCUCAGCUUUCCAGAGAAAAGCUUAUCUAUAUAUAUAUAUAUAUAUAUACAUAUCAAUUUGAAUUAUCGAUUUUCAUAACGCGGUAUUCACCAUUUUCGAAAAACCGAAGAAAAAAGAUCUUCUAAGAGCAAACCAGGUUACUUUAGGACAGUGGCGUCACCAACUUUUUUUUUGGCCGCGGGCCGAAUAACGGACACAAUGACGAGCAUGGGCCGGAUAAUCAUUAUGUACAAUACUUGCAAGCCAGAACGAAAGCUCUGUGAAAAAACACGAAAAAGUAAAUUUAGUCUUCCAUGUUAAUCAUGCGUGAGUGGCGUGCAAUUUUAAUUUUAAAAAAUGUAAAAAAAAACAAAGACAGCCAGCAUAUUUAUUUACUAAAAAAGUUAUAAAAGGAGGUGACGUUAGCCCAUGGGCUGUAGUUUUGUGACCCCCAGCUUUAAGACUUAGCAAGGUUUAUUUACAAAUCACUUUCUUUCGUAUUUUUAUUUUCCUACUUCUAAAAUAUGUUUUAAUUUUAACUGCUUCUGCGGCAUUUUGCGCAAAUGCACUAAAUAUCACUAAGUGAAACAAUUAAAAAAAAAACAAAACAAUUUUGUCUAGAAUUCAGAUUUAUAAAGACAAAUCAUGCAAAGUAGUUAACACAUUACACUAGUGGUUCUCAAACUUCCUAAUGCCGCGACCCUUUAAGACAGUUUCUCAUGUUGUGGCGACCCCUAGCCACACAAUUAUUUUCGUUGCUACUUCGUAGCCAUUAGUAAAUGUGUUUUCAGAUGGUCCUAGGCGACCCCUGGGAAAGGGUCGUGCAAACCCCAAAGGGGUCGCGAGCCAGAGGUCGAGACCCGCUGCAUUACACUAUUACAAGGGAUUUUUCAGCAUUUGAAAUAGUGUUCUGUUAAAUAAUAUAUCAAUAAAACGCAUUAAUCAUACACAAUUUUAUAAUAUAUCUUAUACAAUUUAAUUUAAUUUGGGUAUGUAAGUGGUUUGUAAUUUAUAAACAAACUGAAAUAGUUGGUGCUGGGAAUGUUAUCCUUUCAAAAUGGAUACAACAGCAUUUUUUCGUUAAGUAAUAGUGGGAUACACAGCAUUUUUUCGUUAAGUAAUAGUGGGAUACACAGCAUUUUGUCGUUAAGUAAUAGUGGGAUACACAGCAUUUUGUCGUUAAGUAAUAGUGGGAUACACAGCAUUUUAUCGUUAAGUAAUAGUGGGAUACACAGCAUUUUGUCAUUAAGUAAUAGUGGGAUACACAGCAUUUUGAAACAAAAUAAGAAAUGAAACCAAAGUAAAUAAAUACAAUUUAAAUAACCUAUAUCUCAAUUUUCGUCAAGGUCUAACUUAUAAUUUAAAUAUACAAGUAAACCUCAAUUAACACUUACUUUAAGAGGAGAAGAGGAUCCCACCGGGAAACGGGGAUCCUAACGGGACCGGAUUCCCACCUGAAAAACGGGGAAAAAAGUAAAAUUGACCCCUUCUUGGAAAUGGGAUCCAUCAGGAUCUCGAUUAUGUCGGGAUCCAAAAGGGGUUGGGAUCCCAUUAGGAUAUGGGUUCCUAUUUGGUAGCGGGAUCCCAUAGCGGGGACGAGAACCCGAAUGGGGUCAAGAUCCCGAACGGGAUAUGGGAUCUCAUUUGGAAAAGGGUUCCCAAUCGGGAUCGGAAUCCCAGUAGGGUCAGGAUUACCAUUUGGAAACGGCAUCCAAAUCAGGAUUGGAAUCUCAAUGGGGUCGGGAUCCCAAUGGGAAUGGGAUCGGGAUACCACGGGGAUCAGAAAAUCGACGGGAUUGGGAACUCAUCGGGUGAAUUUUAAAAAAUCAAAACAUGUCUAUAGGGUACGUCCAAAUUUUUGAAAAACAGAGUAGCUUGCUUGUAGUUGCCGUCUACUUUUAUCAAUUUGGAUUGGUUUGAAAAUCAUGUUUGUCGUUUCUAAACUCGAUUCCAGCAAGUUAAUUAGCGCUUAUUAACAACAGAUCCGAUAAUAACGUUUUUAAAAUAAGAAGUAGGCCAGUAUUUUUACUCUGAAUAAUUUAUUUCCUCUUAAUUCACGGUGACCUCAUCCGAUCCCUUUUUACUUAUCCAAAACAUAACAACCGCAAAUGAUUUGAAAGCGGAAAUGUUAUUCACCAAUCCAUUAUGCUUUUUUUUUCUCCGAAAAUAAAUAUUUUUUUCCUUGGUGAUCUUACCUCAUAGCCGUAUGUCAAACUGUAUUGAUAAAGCUCAUUUAUGUUUUUUUCUAAUAGUAAGCUCCCUUUUAUUUUUUGGUAUAAUAACUUUAAAAUAUACGUUCAUUUUCACAAUGCAUAACGUCAUAUGUCACAUGCGUGACUUCCUUUUAACGUGUAUAUUUCAAGACUUUUCUCUUAUUCAAACACUACAGAGACCUGUCAAUUACGCCGUGACAUUCUCUUGUAAAACAAUGGCCGUAUUGUUGUACUCGGAGCAGGCCAGAGAGGUCCCCAGCCCCCUGCCUUACACCAAUCGAUUUACGACCAGGUAAAGAAUGCAACAUUUGAGUUUAUCUAUGGAGACUUUACUUGGGAGAAUAUAAGGAUAAAGUAUGUGACGCAACUCGUAACCCUUUUUUUUCCUUUAUCUAUAAGGUAUCCACUUCUGCCAUACGUCACUUCCGGAGCUGAGCAUUUCCUCCCACCUUGUAACUGUCAAUGAAGGAGGCGGAGCUUUAAUAUCUAUUUAAAUUUGUAUGAUGCAGUAGUAAUUAAUCUUUGAUUAAUAGUAGCUGUUUAAUUUUUAUUUUAAAAAAAUGUCUUUUUUUUUUUUAAAUGGAAUAUUUGAAAUAAAAAUAAAAGUUUAAAAAAUAUAACG